GGACAGAGCAGGUACACUCACUCACACACUCUCUCUCACUCACUCACACACUCACACACACACACACACACGCAGGCAGGACAGCGCUCAGACAGAGAGAACUCAGCCCGCACACAGCGCACUCUGGAGAGUUUCCCCACGGGUGCCGGACGGGUGGGAACCACACGGGACCGCAGCACCAGGGACACGCAGCACCAGGGACACGCAGCACCAGGGACACGCAGCACCAGCGACACACAGCCAGGACAGGUGUUCCUCCCCGGCCGCGGAUAGGCAACCUCCGGCACUCCGCAGGCUGUUGGUUUGUUCUCCUCCUAGGUCUUGGUCAUGGGUUCUUCCUCAUCGUCAUAAGACCGCAGGGAAGGCCGGCAGCAGUUGAACCCGGAGCGACCACUCUAAGACAUCCCCGGAGCGACCACUCUAAGACAUCCCGCGACCGCUCUAAGACAUCCUGCGACCACUCUAAGACAUCCCCGGAGCGACCACUCUAAGACAUCCCGCGACCGCUCUAAGACAUCCCGCGACCACUCUAAGACAUCCCCGGAGUGAUCUUUCUAAGACAUUCCCGGAGUGACCUCUCUAUCUGCCCUGAGACCAGAGGAGAAGGUCGGCGAAUCGCACCGGGCCCUGCUCAGGCCCCGUCCACGCCAGUCACCAUGAGCGCCACCCGGGAGCGCAAGCCCAAGAAGCCCCACUACAUCCCGCGGCCGCAGGGAAAGCCCUUUAAGUACCAAUGCUUCCAGUGCCCCUUCACCUGCAACGAGAAGUCCCACCUCUUCAACCACAUGAAGUACAACCUGUGCAAGAACUCCAUCUCCCUGAUGUCCAAGCAGGUCAAACUGGCCCCGCUCGACCCCGCCCCGGCCCCCGUGCCCACCCCCGUCCCGGCUCACGUCUCCACGGCGACCAAGAGCGCCACACCCCCGCCUCAGACCGCGGCAACUUCAGCGACCUCGCCGACGCCCGCACCUCCGGUCGCCGCACCCCUUCCCAUGGAAGACAGAGUGGCUUCUGGGCCACCAGCGGGGCUGGAACAGAAAAGAGGAGAUGCGGAGGGGCCAGGGGUCCCUGUGGGGGCAGAAAGGGGUCCCCCCGAACCCAAGGCCCGGCUGCCCGGUGAGGAGGUUUCGGAGAGACGUCCGUCAGAGGCUCGCCACUCUGCAUUCUCCCCCAUCCCUGCCCGGCGUGAGGCUGACAAAGAGGCACCAGCCCCCUCCUCUGCCUCUGCCUUCUACCACCCCGCCCCGUCCUGGAGGCCUGCCCAGGCCUUCGUGGCCCCGCCCCCGGCCCCGCCCCCACCGCCUGGCUUCCAGCACAAGCUCCACCCCUCCCCGGAGAAGAAGGCGGGGCCGAUUGCGGGGGAAUACCCCACCUACGUGUUCCCUGACCACCCCCUCCACCACCACCCCUGCUUCCAGCCCUUCCUGCUGCCGGAGAGGUCCCACCCCAUCCGCCCCUACUUCCUGGACACCCAGCAGCGCCCUGUCCUGCCCCGGCCAGUCUUCCCCGCCCACGCCCUGCUCCCCUUCCCCGAACACCACUACAGGUACUGCCCCACCCUCCAUCAAGCCUCCCCCUUCCAGUACGGCCUCUACCGAACGCCCGAGCAGCACCCCCCGCCCUCGUUCUCCGAAUCCGGGCCCCUGCCCCUGGAGACCUAUGUCCGACACAUGGGGCCCGGGGGAGAGUACGGGAUGUAUCCCCACCUGUACGCCCAGGCGGACCCCCGCAGCCGGCCCCCUGUGGAGACGGGACAGGACCAGGGGGAGGCGAAGAGGCCCAGGAUGAGCCCCAAAGCCGGGUGUGCAGCCUCGGGGUCCCCCGAUCGGCCCAGCGCCACUGACUUCACCCAGAAGGACCCCCGCCAAGGGCCCACGCAGCCUGCCACUUCCAGCCACCAAUCAGGGGAUGGGAUUACCACCGCUCAGCCAAUCAGACAGCCGACUGCGCUGGAACACUCGCAGAAGGAGAGCGAUGGGCAGCAGACAGACAGAUCAUCACAGCCACCUAAUUCUGCCGAGUCUGACAAGGAGGAGGUGGAGGAAAAUGAGGAAGAUGAAGAAGUCGGCGAGGAGGACGACAUGCUUCCACUCAACCUCUCCAAGAAGGACCGGGCUGUGGGGGAGCCUGUCGCAGACCUCCACACCAGCAGGGGGAGCUCUCCCAUGCCCCAGGACAUGCCCCUGAACCUGUCCCUGAGGGCCUCGCCCUGCCACACCCCCUGCGGUCCCCCUGAGGGCCCCUCCCACGGAUCCCCGGGGGUCAGAGGACUCAGGGUGCCCCUCGAUGACGAUCCGGCGGACCUGGAGACCUGCGACGAACAGAAGCAGACGGCGGCCUUUGCCCUCUGUCAGUUAGCCAGCUCCAGCCUCCGUAGCCUCAGCAGCCAAUCCCCGCUCCGCGCGCACGCCUCCAACCCGGGGAGCCCUGUCCCCGGCCCCGGCCCCGCCCCCGACCUGGGCGCCAUGACACCCAAGGCCCCGCAGCCCAGGGCCAGGGUCAAAGGUCAGAAGAGGUCCAGUGGCGGUGGCCAGCAGCAGGCGAAGAGGAUCAAGACCUCAAACCCCACCCGCACCCUGAGGAAGAGACCCCGCUGCUCCUGAUCUGCUGUCUGUGUGCCCGAGGUCAGCAGGGUAGUGGCCCGGCCAGGGUUCAACCGGACCCAUGUACUGUCUGUAUGCCCUAGGGCAUUGGCCCGCAGCACAACUGGACCCAUGUCCUGACUGUAUGCCCCAGGGUAUCACCGGCCAGGGUCCAACCGGACACACGUACUGUCUGUAUGCCUCGGGGUAUCAACCGGCUAGGGUCCAACCGGACCCACAUACUGUCUGUAUGCCUCGGGGUAUUGACCGGACUGCAUCAGAACCAGACCCACGUACUGUCGGUAUGCCUCAGGUGAGCAGGGUAUCGACCCGAUUAGAGACUGACCCCAACGCUUCUUCUCUUUGACUCACUGCUGAUUGGACAUGCAGGACCUAUGCCAAGUAAUGCCCUCCAACGCAGACCUUUCAGUUGUUGGGGUUUAUCGGGGAUGUUGGUGUUUAACGGGGCGCCUUGAAAGCCAAUCACUCCUCACACCUUGUGAAACUGGACGCACAGGACGUACAGGAACACUCACCUGCCAAGACUGUGAUUUUUUUCCUUGUUAAUGGAAAAUAUCUUUUGGGAUGUAAAAGUAUGUAAAAGUAAUUGUUCAUGUAAUAUGUUUGCAAGCAUUCUGUGAGACUUUAGAGGGCCUUGUCCAGACGUGGGACUAUUGGACUGCAAUUAAAAUCCAGUAUUGUUCUUUUAUGAAAAAAAAAAAGUUAAGUCUUGGUGACAGUCCCAGAGACAGAGUUCCGGAGAGUUUGUUAUUUAAAUAUGAUAAUGACAUGUAUUUAUUCUAACCCAUGGGCCCAGCACGAGGUGAUGGUAAUCUGUACAUACUGACCUACUUUAAUAAAUAAAUAUAUUAUA